AUGGCCUCCUCGCGGCACCGCUUCUCCCUCCUAGCAGUGUCGCUCGCAGCGCUUUUGUUCCUCGUCGUGGCCAGCAGCGCAUUCGCGCGACGCGACAUUCGGCGGCGUGGUGCUGCUGAUGGGAGCACCCUGGCGGGGCGGCGGCAUUGGCGUGACGCCGCUGAUCAUGGGAGCACCCUGGCCGGGCGGCGACGCCAGCGCGAUGCCGCGGAUCAUGCGAGCACCCUCGUGCAUGGAGCCGGCCAGCCGGCUGGGCUGCGGCGCCGGCGGUCACCGCAGGCCAGCCCCUCGUGCAUGAAGUUGGACCUCAAGUCAUACACCAAGGCUGUCAAGCUCAGAGACGGCGGCAAGUUCCUCCUGCACUGGAACAUCACCAAGGCGAAUGAUAGAUUCAUUGCAGCAAUUGAGGCGAAGAAGGGCAGUGGCGCCGAGGCGAGCUGGAUGUCCAUUGGCUGGACCAAGACAGCUGGCAAGGCGUUUCCGUCGGAUGUUGUGGUGGGGAAUCAUGUGUUCGGUGCAGCCAUUGCAAAGGACGUGGUGGCAUACUCAAUGAUGGGCAAUGCUUUGAAGGUGAUCAAACAGACCAAGGCCGUGAUGCUCACGAAACCAUCUACAGGCACGACUGCUGACGGUGGCACGAUUGUCAAGUAA